UUUGCGGUUAUUCUUCUGCGGAUACUCGCACUAUGUAGCCCGGUGAAUGACACGCUGGUGGUAGCUGUUAGACGUUUAUCGGCUUUUUAGUUUUAAACACCGUGCCUUGGCGGAAAGGAGAGGAUUUCGUUUUAUUUAAGGUCCAGUGACGAUGAAUGAACAGGAGAGUGGGGUGGUCUCCUUUGAUGAAUAUGUGCGGCAGAAGGCCCGCACUGUGCCUCAGCACAGGAUGAAGGAGUUCCUGGAGUCUCUUGCCAAGGGCCCAGAGGUGCUGCAGGAGUUCAGCCAGCAGGGAGGAGCUGCAGCCACCACCACAGCCAUGGUGUACCAGCAGCAGGGUGCCAACUGUGUCUACACAGACAGCACAGAGGUGGCCGGGUCUCUCCUGGAGCUGGCCUGCCCGGUACAGGUGACUUCGACAGAGAUUUCACCUCAGAUGUCUGUGCACCAAGGGUCUGAACAGCAGCUUCAGGUGCAGGUUCAGAUCCAGGAACAGCAGGGCCAGACAGUUGGCCAGGUUCUUCAGGUGGCCUCCCCUUCUCAGCAGGACCUGCAUGGAAUAUCAACAGCUCAGCUUGUCCAGCAGGGAGAACUCACAGAGGAGCAACAACAGCAGAUUCAGGCACAGUUGGUUGCAGCUGUAGCUGGAGGGCAACAAAUCCAGCUGUCAAGUGGCCAACAGAUCCAGCUACAAGGAACGCAGCAUAUUCAGCUGCCAGGGGGACAGCAAAUUCAACUUCAGGCUGGCCAACAGAUUCAAUUACAAGGUGGCCAACAAAUUCAGAUCCAGACUAUAGAAGCCAUGUCUCCUUCAGAACAACAGGAGUCUCCCAGGGAGGCAGAGCGGAGGCCCGGCACUGUCACGGCUGUUCUCCAACCAGCCAAGAAGCGUAAGGUGGAUGUCCCCCUAGCUGUGUCCUAUGCUGUUCCACAGGGGCAGCAGGUGGCUACAGUUCUUGCAAUCCCUCAGGGGCAGCAGCAAAGCUACGUGUCCCUGCGACCAGAUUUGCUCACUGUUGACAGUGCUCAACUGUACAGCACGACUGGAACAAUCACAGGUCCCACAGGUGAGACAUGGACCAUACCUGUGUACUCUUCUCCACAGCAACAGGGUGUUACUCACAUUGCUAUACCGCAGGAGACAUAUAGCACAGUGCAGGUUACUGCCACCAAUGGCAAGGACAAAAUGUCCCCCAGCUCCUCAUCAAGGUCUGCAGAUGUGCAGUCAGUCUCUGCUGCCACACAGGAAGAAAUAGUGCAGACCCUGUUCCCUGCACAGUUCAUGAACGGGAACAUUCACAUCCCUGUGGCGGUGCAGACUGUUGGAGGGACUUACAACACUACACAGUCGGUACACAUAUGGGACCCAAAUCAACAGCAGAGCCAAGGCGAAGACGGACAAGAACAGCAGCUCCAUCUGCAGGGUCAAGUAGAGACCGAGGCUCACGCUGAGCCACAUGCAGAGAUUCUGUUUCCUGUCUCUCUAAAGCCAGAGGAGGGCCUGGAGGUGUGGCGCCUUUGGGUGAAGCGAAAAAACGCUGAACUAAACAAGCAGGAAAAGACGAAGCUUGCACCCAUAGGACGUCGUCAGCCUCUGCGUUUUCAGGAAGACUUGGUGUCCAGUGCUGUGGCUGAGUUAAACUUGGGUCUUUCUCUGAUGACUCAGGAGGCUCGAGGAUCGGAGGAAGAACAAUUUGCACCUGAUGUUCUAUAUUAUGUUUUCCUGUGUAUACAGAAGUACCUGUCUGAAAAUGGACGUGUGGACGAUAUUUUCUCGGAUCCCUAUUACACACGUUUUUGUGAGAGUUUACACAAAAUCCUGUGGGACUGGAAACCCACCGUCCAUCCUCUAGGUUAUAUCAUUCCAAGUCACGUCACAGAGGAGAUGCUAUGGGAGUGUAAACAGCUUGGUGCUCAUUCACCAGCCACCUUGCUCACAACUCUAAUGUAUUUCAACACUAAGUAUUUCCGCCUGAUAACACCCGAACAGCACCUGAAAGUAGCUUUCUCUAAGGUCUUAAGACAUGCAAGGAAGAACCCCGCAAAUGCCAAGGACAAAGCAACUAGUAUUCGCCUUCUCAAAACACAAAGUCCACACAGUGCUGGACAGAAAGGAACUGAUGACAUGUAUGAGGAGCAGAUCGAGGAUCCUGAAAAUCCUCUUCGUUGUCCCAUCAAACUUUAUGACUUUUACCUUUUCAAAUGCCCUCAAAGCGUCAAAGGACGAAACGAUGCUUACUACAUGACUCCAGAGCCUGUCGUUGCACCAAACAGCCCGAUGUGGUACUCGUCUCAGCCCCUCACGAGUCAGCAAGUGGAGCACAUGCUGGCUCGCAUCAUCGUGGUCCGAGAGAUCCAGGACAUCAUUAACACUGGUCCAGAAAAUAUGAGCUAAAGUGAGACUGGACUCCAGAUUGUUGACUAUGCAGUACCCAUCCUGACUCUCAACCUCAAUAGCCAUCAAAUAAAGUGGAACAACUUCUGAAACAAUCUUUUUCUUCUGAGGAGAGUAUCAUGAUUGCAUUCAUCAGAUUCAUAGAUCUUUCUCUUCUUGUAAUUUCUGUUUUAAACGGAUGGGGUGGACUGUUCUUUCUCGUGACUACCUUUGUAAGCCAUCGCCUCUGUAACUUUUGAACCUGCAAGUGAGCAAAUCUCAUCACAGUUGGGCCACAAGUGAUCUCCUGUGUUCAGCUCUCAGCUGAGCAGAGGUGGAAUAUUUUCCUGUAGAAGUCAGACUUUUCAGUAUGAAACAAAGAUAUUUAAUCUUUCACUUCUUAACCUCACAGACCGUUAACCAUGUCUUACUUCUCUUCAAGGUCCCACUAUCAUAAUGUUACAUCUCAACAGACAGUUACAGGGACCACUGCUCAAAACUGUUUUGUAUACUGACUGCAUUUUGGACCAUGUAUUGAUAUGUUCAAAACUGAAAAACUUGUGCCUGUUUUUUCAAAAAUGACGUCAUAAUUUAUGCUUGUGGAUCAUUGAGUGAGUUGAACCUCAACUAUUCACAAGGUCAAGUGCUAUAUUGUAGUUAUUCAGGAGAUUGGAAAUAUCUUUUCUCAGGUCAAAGCUAGCAACUGAAACACCCAUCAAGGACUUUUGCCAACGUAUUCCUCCAUGUAUGUGUAUAGUAGAUUAUUAAACAGGAUAUGCAGAUGGAAAAAU